AUGAAAGCUGCCAUAACUCGCCAAAUAACCAAGCAAAUUUCCAUUGUAGAAAAGUAAUCAAAUCAGACUGCACAAGGUUCCAAUUAACUGCAAUUACAACAACAGAUGAUUAGUGAUGGUAACCCACCACUAAGUACCUCUGUAGCCAAGGCAAAUGAUAUUACAAAGCAAUACCUUCAGCUAGGGCAAUAAGAUGUUACUAUCAGCUCAUAAAAUAAUAAAGGAUAAGAAGAGGAAAGCAUAUUUACUAAGGUGAAGGCAAAACUUUUGGAAUUCGAAUAAAAGGAAUAAUAAUAUGAGAGUUUCAAAGAUGCCUCUAUUAAAAAAGAUGCUACUGAAGAUCUAGAUGAGUUGAAAUCUAAAAGUAAAAAUUCAGAAAAAAGAAAGAGGAAGAGCUCAUUUACUAUGAAGACACUUCAAUAAGAAAGACAAGAUUUCAUUACAUCCCUUAGAUCGAAUUUCAAGUUCAUUGUGGGCAUAAAUAAUAAACAAACUAUUAGAGAUGAAAAGGGUCUCCUGAAGAAUAAGGAGUGGAGAAUAGACAGCAAUAUAGAGAAAAAGAUUAUUAAACCUACCCAGAAGAUCACAUACUGUAUGAAUAACAUUGACAAGUUAUUGAGUGAGAAUAUUAAUUUUCAAAGCUAUAUGGAUACAUUACGAAGAUCGAAACCAUAGAUGAGCCCACUGGACAAUUUCAAGAACGGAGUUUCGGCAGCAGUAGCUAUUGUAGAGAUAACUAAUGACAUUGGGGAAUCAUUGAUAAAUUAAAAAAUAAAAAUUAAUAAAGCAAACAGAGAGAAAUCUCAUUAGAACUAAGCCAAAGCUCAAAAUCUAAAUUAAACAAUAAAUCCCAAUGAUAUGAAGACAACAUCAGCUAGAAUACCUUAGAAAUAUUAUGGAGUCCUUGGAUCUACGGUUGUAAGUUCACCUAGAGAUCAAUUUCUGAAUAAGCAUCAAAUAGCAAACAGGAGUUACAAUUAAUCAUUCCUAAAAAAUGGCUAAGGCAAUAACACUAUUGCUUAUCAAUAGAAUCAAUCACAAGUAACUGAAAGCUUACCGCAAGUGAAAUUCAAUAUGAAUCAACUAAAUACAACUAAAAAUAUUUAGAGGGAUCAUGAUUCAACUAUGGAAAGAUUCACAGACGAAUUUCUUAAGAAUUCAGAGGAUAUUUAAAAUGUUAAGCAUCUUGAAAAACUCAAGAAACAAAUGAUUUUCUCUAAGUCUCUAAAUUUCAAGAGAAGAAAGCAUUAGAAAAAUCAGUCUAUUAUAGCUGAUGCUAAUUAGUCUCUACUCUAAAAGUGUGAUGUUUAUCAAAAAGAUUUCAGCAAACUCAUUAAGAGAAUGAAAAACAACAAAAAAAGUCUCUCUCCUUUAAAGUAAAACUCUAUGGUCUUUAAUAGAAGCUUAUUUAGUAGAGAUGUUAUGAUGGAGCAGGCCUAUAAAAACGAGGGUAAAACUAUUAAAAAUAAGGGUUAAAACAGGUAUCAUAACUUAGUUUACUUGGAGAAUUAAGAUUCACCCAUUGUCAAAGAAUCCACUGCUACCACAAGUCGUAAAAUUAGAAGAAAAAAGAAGUCGCUUACUAAAAAAAGCCAGCAAAGUGAUGUUGAAGAAUCUAAGGAAUUUAGCAAAGAUGGUGGAUACAACUAUUCAAUAGAUAGAGCGCAAACAUUUAAAUUUAGAGUUGAAGAUACUAAUCAAAGUCUAACAAAUAACAACAUGAGAGACUCACUUGAUUUAAACCAGAAUACUGCAGAUUAAGUGCCUAAGUCUAAAUUUGAUAAUACCUCAACUUAGCAUAGCAAAUACAUGAUCAAUAAGGACUCAUUUAAUCAUUUAAUAGAGAAAGACAUAUCAAGCAAAUUUGCUAAAUAGGAUGCAUCAUAGUUGAAUGUUGAACGACUGACAAGAGAAACAGAAGUAGCUAGAAUGAGGAGUAUGUAGGGUAGCAGACACACAACUAGCAUAGAGGCUUAAACUCUAUAAAACGACAUCGAUGAUAGCAUGAGAAAGUAAAAACUUAAAUCUUAGUUAGGUGAAAGAGUAUAAAAGAAUCGUUUGAGUCAGCAAAGGCAAUCUGAAGAAUAUGAGAUUAAUAACUCAAUUAAUAUAUAGUGA